CGUUGUCAUGAAUUUCAAACUGUCAGUGCAGUCUAAUAAUUAAUGUUUAUAGAUAAAUAUCAAUUUAUAGAAAUUUAGCAAACAAUGUUCAAGUUUAGAUGUUUUAGGGCGUCAUUCGAUUUUAUUACGGGAAAACAACAAGGUUGGGACUGUGAUUUGAGUCCCGUGUCAGUUACAGGAGUUUAUAGGAAAAACGAAGGUAAUCAAAAUGAUGAAGAGUUAAUGUGCAAUCCUCCAAGAAAAUUGCUUCCUUCUAUGGUAAAACUUCCAAUCUCUCAAACUAGACCCAUAAAAACAUCUAAAAGUACAGGUGACCUCACGCAAGAAACAAUUCCCACACAUAACCUAACACAAAGCUCGCAUGAUCUAUCCCUGAAUACUCGACUGUCUAAAGAUCAACUUCGGGAACAGAAGAAAUUAGAAAAACAACAGAUCCUCGAGCAAAAGAAGCAAGAAAAAAUUGCUUUUCAACAAAGUCAGAGACAAGAAAAAAUUGCAGCCCAGGAAAGGAAAAGACAAGAAAAGCUUGCAAUACAAGAAAGACAAAAGCAGGAAAAGUUAGCAGCACAAGAUAGGAAAAUUCAAGCUAAGUUAGAAACACAGGAACGUCAAAGACAAGAAGCUCGACAGGCAAAAACACAAACAAACCCAGCCAGGGAACAAGAUAAACCGAAAAAGAAAACUGCUCCAAUUGCACCACAAUCUACUAUUAACCAACAAAUAUCAAAUGAGGCACAUAGUCAAUUGCCACAGAAUCCAGAAAAACAAACAACCAAGGACGAAGUAACAGAACCGAAACCACAAAGGCCUGCUCAAACCACAAGGAAUAAUCAAUCAAAUUACCCAACAAAUACGCUAGAAAGUUCUAUAAGCAGAUCCAGUGGACCACCACCGUAUGGGGAAUUUCCAGAAAUUAUAACAGAUGUACCAGACAGUAACAUAACAUUUAGCAAACCGGUUGCUGAUAGCAGUUGGGACUUGAUAUCACAGCACAGGGAGCAGGUGAGCAAAAACUCAACAGAUCCUAUAGUACCAAAGAGGAAAAAAGACGUACAAUACAAUGUGGGAAACUUACGUCUAGGAGACAAUAGUGAUGCAUAACUUUAGCGAAUUAUUUGUAACAAAUAUUAAUAUGUAAUGGCAAACGAACGAUACGUUUAUUUAAAAGGAAUUGUAAAAUUACCAUGAA